AAGGGAGAUAGUGUUUUAUCAUCAACUGGUAUUAGAAUAUUGUUUAUUUAUUUGUUUAUGAUUACAUCUGUGGUUACGUCAUGUUAAUAUAUUACACAUCAUAAAUUACACACAGUCAUACCUCAGUUUCCAAAGCUAUUUCGGUUGUUCUUUUAAAAAUGUAAGUUGCUACACAUGGACUACAAAGUUGUACUAUAAAAUUAAAUGUUUAACUUCAAGCUGGCGUACAAAACAUUCCCACUACUCAGCGAAGUUGAAUAACGCCAUAAAGUUUUGAGUUUGUCUUACCAUUGGUUGACAGUGAGUCACGUGACAAAGGUGCGCACGUUUACCUGCUCCAGCAUCCGCGAGUGAACGCACUUCUUGACAGGAUCAACUGAUGAACAGCACCGGAUCUUACAGUGCACGCGCGCGCCUUUUCGUGUAGUUUAAAUCGGUUUAAGUAGCCCGAACGGGUUAAUUAUACGCAAAUCCAUUUUAAAUGCUGUUAAAAAUCUCGCCGAGUUCGAGUAAUGGCACUGUCACAGCUUCAGUGUCUUGAUGACAGUCACGUCAACUUGCGCACUAACGAGUCGAAGCCGGAGUUCUUCUACAGCGAGGAGCAGCGGCUGGCGCUCGAGACGCUCAUACACGAGGGGCCAGGCGCCUACGAGGACUUCGUCAAAACACACAACACCCGCUGCUUUCUGUCGGACCUUGAACUUGAGAGGAUCCUCAGCACCGCGGAGGUGUAUAGCCCGGGCUCCCCCGAUCACACCGUUGAGCUGCUGCAGGGGGACAGCGAUGGGGAGGAGAUCUCCCUUCAGUACUGGCCUGACCGCUCGGACCGCUCCGUCCCGCGGCUGGACAUCGGUUGGCCGGACCGAGCGUCCUACCGCGGGGUCACUCGAGCUCAGGUGCACACCCAGCCCCCUUAUGAGGGGCAGGCACAUAUCAAAGAGGUCGUUAGAAAAAUGAUCUCCCAAGCACAGAAGGUUAUUGCAAUUGUCAUGGACUUAUUCACAGACAUUGACAUCUUCAGAGAUCUCCUGGAUGCAAGCUACAAGCGGAAAGUUUCUGUGUACAUUAUGUUGGAGACCACUGGAGUGAAGCACUUCCUGAGAAUGUGUGAGAAAGCAGGCAUGCACACUGGACACCUUAAGAACUUGAGAGUGCGCAGCAUCAGAGGGUCCGAAUUUUUCAGUCGAUCUUCAAAGAGAGUGUGUGGAAUCCAAAGCCAGAAGUUCAUGUUUAUUGACGGAGACAAAGCCGUCUCAGGGUCAUAUAGUUUCACAUGGUCUGCCUCUAGACUGGACAGAAACCUCAUCACGGUUCUCACUGGCCACGCAGUCGACACAUUUGACUCAUUGUUUCAGGACAUGUACGUGCUCUCUAAUGGAGUGUGUCUGAGCAGGAUUAAUCUGAGCAGCGAGCCUGAACCUGAGUUCCUCCCUAAAGUGGUUCCCACUCUACUCCCCUCAGCCACCACAGCACUCAAGCUCAUUAACCCAAAAUACACUCUUGUCUCCAACUGUGCCUUCACUACCAACGGACCUGCAUCUGACCAGACAAGUGCCAAGAACAGCACUUCCAAGAAUCAGAUGGAAGUCUUCAAACAAAUUAAAGAGACACCAGUGGUGCCACCGAUUCACCCAGGACUGCUCAACCUGGAAAAGGCUAACAUGAUCAAUUAUGUGCCGACUUGGCCUGAUCCUGACCCGCCGAAUGAUGUCAUUGGUUACAUUAACAUAAGAGACUCCAACAAACCAUUGCAAGCUCACCUAAUGCGUUCAGAACUCUUUGAAGUGUCUCAAGCCAUCCGAUUCAAGGAUCCUUUUGACAAGCCAAAGGAAUCUUUAUCUCUGGGGUCUUGUCCUGGGCCCAUAUCCCAAACUCCCAAUUUUCCUGAAGCUCCAGCUCAGAAGCAAACAUCAGGUGAAGCACAGAAGAAUUUUGAUCAAAAUCAACAUCAAAGAAGCAUCCGGAAUGAGAAUCUUAUCUCAUCUUUGGAGAAGCUGGAAACAGUGCAUGUGCUUUCCUGUAAUAAGGUAAAUAAAGAGGAAAUAUGUGUGACAGAAAGAGAUCUAGACUCUAUAUCUUUGCACAGCAAAAACAGUAGUAUGGAAAAACAUAAUCCCAAUACAAUUUUAUCUUUCGCUGAAGACCAUACAGAUACAAAUCAAUAUCUGGAUACUCUACAACCUCUGAAAUGUCCUGCCCAAACCUCACAGAAUCUCGAUUUGAAAUCAUCAUCAACACCAAUGUCCAACAAAAGUCAUCAUGACUCACUUGCUCUCAUGGACACUAAUUCAGUUAAGCUAAGCCAAGUCGACCAACUCAUAAAUGAUGUUGCCACUCAAGACCACAGUGAUACACAUCCAGACACAAACCAAGAUUCAGACUGGAAAGUUACACAGACGUACAACUUUGACUCCAGCAUUUCCUCUUUGUCUGAUGAAUACUAUGAGUGCUUUAGCCCUGUGUCUGACUGUAGGGCUGUAGGAGAUGUCUUUGUGACUGAAAAUACAGCAGAAUCUUUGCAAAAUUCAAUCAAAAACAGUCAACAAGAGGAGGAAGUUCAAAAAGGUACAGAUUUGGAUAAUAAUCAGACCUUGCUUAUUCCAAAACUUUUAAAAACAUCUUGCAGUAUUGUUUUCAGUUACUUAUCUACAGACUUUAAAUCAACAACCGCAACUUCCAAAACCGUCUCUGCCCAAAAAAGCGAAGAAAGUACCAUAUUUAAUGAUAGCAAACUACCAGACAGUGAAAACUGCUGCUCAAAGAUUCCUAAUGGUUGCUUCAGAUUCUCAUCAACUUCAGAGGAAUACUUUGAGUGCAGUGAUACAGUGGGCUUGAAGUCAGAGGCUGAUGGUAUUGAUCAAAAAGUGAAACCAAGCUCACUGGAAACAUUAAGAUCGAAUGAACAACUACAAGUACUGAAGCCUGUCCUGGAAACCGAGAAACUGUCUGAGCUAAGCAUCCAAAGCACAAAAGCAAAUGAUGAACCUAAAUUGCAUUUUGGACAGGAGCAGCCAGAAUUUCAACAAACACUAGAUAAGGCAGCUGACUUAGCAGUUAUAAAGUCUAAAGAUAAUACCCAAAUUCGACUGGAUGUGAAAGCACACAGACAUGUACAAGAGAUGGAAGUUACAUUAGAGCCAUUGGUAAAAAUCAAAUUGAUGAGUAACAUUUCUCAAGAACAUGAGAUGAGUGAAUCCAUGGAGGUUUUAGAGAUACAGUCCAAGGAACAGUCUGUAGAGUUAGCUGAGAAUUUUGAAAAAGCACCAAUACAAGACUUACAACCUGAGCUAAGUCCAUACUUAGCCUGUGAGCAACCUAAAAAAGAUCCACUACAGGACAUAAAACUUGAUGAAGAUGUGGAAUUAUGUGAGGAAAAGCCUAUACUGUUAGCUGAGAAAGAUUCAGAUCCACAACCGCAGUUUCAAAUAAAUCAAGAUAUAAAGUGUGAGGGGCAAUCUGUCAAGUUAGCUGAGAAAACCGCAAAUCCACCACUGCAGGACUUACAACCUGAGCUAAGUCUGGAUUUAACAUGUAAGGGACAGUCUGUCCAGUUUUCUUUGUCUGCUACUAAACUGCCGCUAUGUGACUCUCAGUCUGGGGAAUGUCCAGAUUUAAUGUUCACACCUUCAGAAGCGAAUGCUAUCCCACAGGUGGCAACCGACAAUGAAUUUAGGAGCUCAAUACUGCAAGAUAAAGCAGAUGUUAUUCCAGAGAAGACCAAUGUAACAAAGUCCAUAGAGUUCCCUAAGAGUGAAGAACUGCAACAACCAUUGGCUGAUUUAAGCUCUGGAUCAAAUCAUCCACUAAACCUAAAAUCUGCAGAGCAUAUGAAUGAGCAUUUAAAGCUGCUGCAUGAUGAGGUCAGUCCAGCUGUAUUAAAGAAGAAAUCUGAGGAGCACAGCCCUCAAGAGAACAUACUAAAACCGUUUGAAACCAUAGAGCUGCUGAUAUUAGAGGAUUCAGCCUCCAAGGAGACAGAGCUGAACAAUUCUGAACCAACAGAACCAAGAGCUGUGCUGAGAAAUGAAACAAAAAUGAGCAAACCUGAGCCUAUCGAACCAAAGACUAUAAAUGAUAGAAAAUCUAAAGAGAAUAAACUUGGUGAUGUUUACAGUAGGCAUAGAAAGCAUACAUGUCACCAGACAGCUCUGACUGAUGAGAAACAAGAAGGGGAACAUAUUUGUAUAAAUCAGAUGAACAAGAACCUGCCAGAGGCAAAACCCAAGCUGGAGUGUCUGGUUAGGAAGCAACCACAUCAAGCAUCAUCCAGAAUUCCUAUACAAGCGAGAGGAGGGUUAACUAAGUUACCCAUCAGCAAAGCAGACAUUAGCAAUCGUCCAGUUGGGCUUCGAGCUCCUAAAGCUGGCACACAUAGACAGCCAUUUGGAAAACCACUGGGGCAGAACAAGCCUACUUCAUCUCCAUCUCCUGAAAAAUUGUCCCUAGGAGGAGUUGCUCCAGUUAGAUCAACAGUUCCUGCACCAAACAGUCCCACCUCGCCCUCAAAACUUCCACAACUCCAGCUGAUUGGUGCACCUAAGUUCGGGCAGUCAGACCAGCCAAACGUUUCCAGGAAACGUUCUGCAUCCUUAACAAAGUAUAGUGGCUCAUCUCCUGGAAUUUCCUGUCCAGCACAAGUAAAGAAGCAGGUGAUUAAAGGAUCUCCGCUAAACAAGUAGAAUAGUCAUCAAACUGUUGUAUACUAAUUUCAUGAAUGUGAAGAUGUGCAAUAGAAAACACAUUUUUAAUGAACUUUUAUUGAAUCGUGUGAGUUGAUCUCACAUAAAACUAUGCUUUAUUUAUUCUAUUUAGCCAACAGAAAGUUAAUACAGAAUUAAUAUAGGGUUUCCCAUAUACAAACAAGUUUUUCUAAAUAAUGAAUGUGUUAUGUAAAUAGACUUUUAGAUAAAGCUUUAUGAUUGUCCUCAAAGCUAUUAAUAUGUAACUAUGUACUUUUCCAUUCAGCUCAAUAUAAAUGAUCAAUAAUUGGUCUUAUUAAAUCA